UCUCUCUCUCUCUCUCUCUCUGUCUGUCUGGUAUGUCUUUUUUCUGCCUUUGUCCAUGCAUAAUAUCGUUUACUCUAAAAGGAUUUAGUCCUUCAGCAAUCUCUAGAUAUUCUCUUUAAGGGUGGUGAGGAUUUUUUUGUUUCUGUCGGCGGUCUAAAAUACACUGGCGAGUUUGCCUGCUCUCGCCACCCCUUUAAAACAGUAGAAUCGUAGCGCGCUAGAGAAAACGGUUCCACUAACGGUUUUCGUUAAGACAUGAGGCUCACGAGGGAGACACGUAUUUCUCAGUAAUGGAACAUGACUGGUAUUUGGGCUAAAAAUCCAUCCGGUAUAGCAAAGGUCUUACAAGAGCGGAUUUGUAGUGCAGAUCCCUGCACGAUCGGCGCCUUGCAACCAAGCAUGGCUUGUUUGCCUUGAGCUCGCGCUUUCCGACGACAAGCUGCACGGUAACGAUCGCGUUUUUUUACUUGCGCGCUCACGAACCGCCUCGUUUCGCCGAUUCAGCGGAUGGUGCGACGGUGCGACAUUAGAUUACGAAAUAUGCCCGCAUGAGCGGCUUGCUCUAAUGGAUGUAAACGGGUGCUGAGCGGACCUCCCUGUCAAAACACCUCAUCCCACCCCCUCCGGUGCCUCCAGCGCUCACACCAGUCAGUCAGGCCGGUCUUAACGCGAGGGGGGAUGCUACAGUGGUCCGGUUUACCGGGGACGCCGUGUACGGGGCGGUGAGAGCAUGUGAGCAGCGAACCGGAGCCGUGAUUCCCCACUAACCGCCCCCGAGCGAAGAUGCCGCGGAAUUUACGGAGGCUGAUGCAUCUUGUGCUGCUUUGCCCGCUGUCCAAGGGCUUGCAGUCCCGUUUACCUGCAGUGAAGGUGAAGUACCUGGUGGUGACAUGGCUGGGUGUGCUGGUGUCCAGCUGGGUCAUCUACAUGCAGUACUCGUCCUACUCUGAGCUCUGCAGGGGCCACGUCUGCACCGUGCUCAUUUGUGAGCACUACCAAAGGGGCAUCAUCUCUGGCUCUGUGUGCAAGUCUCUGUGCGAGGAAAAAACUCUGACUCUACAGCGCUGUCUCUCAACAUCGCCCACACACCAGGUGUACAGUGCAGUGUGGAAGGAGAAGGCAGUGGUGGUAAAGUGUGCCCUAGACGAGGCUGUCGGAGGGGACGGACCCCCAGGUCCUGGGCUGACGCGGCCCGUCGGCCUCUACGACAAGCCUGCCCGUGGUACCUCCAUGGACGAGUUCAGAGAGAUGCUGCACUCGUUCCUCAAGGACAGUCUGGGCGAGCAGUCAUCUCUGGGCUCGCUGGUGUCUCGUGUGGUCUCGCUGGCCGACGUGAACCUGGAUGGCCGUGUGUCUCUGGCCGAGGCCAAGGCGGCGUGGGCCCUCCUGCACGUCGACGAGUUUGUUCUGCUGCUGGCGCUGCAAGACAAGGAGCAUGCACCGCUCCUACUGGGCCACUGUGGCCACCUGUACGUGACGGAGCGAGUGGCGCAUGCCGCCCUCUUCACGCUGGAGGUGCCGGCGUGGGCGCGGCCGAUGGUGCCCGAGGCCGCGGCGCGUGCCCUCAACCGUUGGCUGGCGCCGGCCUGGCCGCACCGCGUGCGCAUUGCCAUCGGCCUGCUGGAGUUCGUGGAGGAGGCCUUCCACGGCGCCUACGGCAGCCUGUACAUGUGCGACGGUGGCGCCCGAGCCGUGGGCUACAGCACCAGCUACGACUGCAAACUGGCCGAUCUGGGGGGCAUGGCCUCCGAGGCGGCCGUGCGGGCCUUCCUGCGCGGACGCGCGUGCCGGGGCAGCGACGACUGCACGUUCGGCCGCGACUGCUCGGCGACGUGCGACCGGCUGGCGCGCCGCUGCAACACGGAGGUGGUGAGGCCCAACCUGGCCAAGGCGUGCGCCCUGCUGGCCGACUUCCUGCUGUUCGGUGCGCCCAGCGACCUGCGCGACGACCUGGAGCGCCAGCUGCGCACGUGCGCUACGCUGAGCGGCCUGGCCUCGCAGAUGGAGGUGCACCACUCUCUGGUGCUCAGCAACCUGAAGACGCUCCUGUGGAAGGAGAUCUCCGACACCAAGUACUCCUGAAGGACACGGAGAGGGGAAUAUGGGAAGAGAGAGAGAGAGAGAGAGAGAGAGAGAGAGAGAGAGAGAGAGAGAGAGAGAGAGAGAGAGAG